UGAAUCAUAAUCAGUGCAUGGACACUUUUGUCAUUUGUGCACUUUCGUAUUCUGAAAACUGUAAAACGACGAAAUAACUGAAUGACAAUCAAAGUGUCCACUCCGUUACGUCACUUUCUAACCACUAGUCAGUGUUACAAUUCGAGUAGGCGGCAAAUUCGCACGACUUUAAAUUUAUACAGUGUAUAAUUAUUACGCAGCUACUGGUGAAAAACUAUCUCAUAAAUAUUACCGAUGGAAAAGUAAGAACCAACCGGAACACCCAGCAUUAACUUUUCCCAGAACCACCAUUCAAACCCCCAUGAAGGUAUUUAGUGAGUCACGUCGUCGAUAACUAAACCUAGACCCAGAUUGAUGAUGAUUCGUGUGGAUGAGAGCGAUCCGGUCGGAGAAGUUCAACUCAGCUUUCCGUACAGGAAUGUGCAGAUACAGAAGGGGGUGGACCCCAAGGAGCUGUACGAGCUGGAGGAGGAGAUAGGGAGAGGCAAAUUUGGUACCGUUUACAAAUGCCGUGAGAAGGCCACCGGUCUAUCUUUGGCCGCAAAAUUCGUAGGAGUGCCAAAGAAAGAAGACCGCCGAAAUGUGGAACGAGAAGUCGACAUAAUGAAAACCCUCCAACACCCGCGCCUAAUCCAACUCUACGACGCCUUCGAAAACGGCAAAGUCAUGUGCGUCAUCCUAGAACUAAUCGAAGGUGGAGAGCUCUUCGAAAGAGUAAUCGACGACGACUUCGUCCUCACCGAAAAAGCUUGCACAGUUUUCAUGCGCCAGAUCUGCGAGGGCAUAGACUUCAUCCACAAGCAGAGAAUCCUCCACUUGGACAUGAAGCCCGAAAACAUCCUCUGCUUGACGAGGACCGGCAACAGAAUCAAAAUAAUCGAUUUCGGGCUGGCUAGACGUUUCGACCCCGACAAGAAACUCCAAGUGCUUUUUGGCACUCCCGAGUUCGUGGCACCCGAAGUUGUCAAUUUUGAUCGAAUCGGGUUUGGCACUGAUAUGUGGUCGGUUGGGGUGAUCUGCUACGUUUUACUAUCGGGGUUGUCGCCUUUUAUGGGUCACACUGACGUGGAAACCAUGGCCAACGUGACUAUUGCUAAGUACGACUUUGAAGAUGAAGCCUUCCAGGAGAUUUCCGAGAUGGCUAAAGACUUUAUUAGGAAACUCCUCAACAAAGAUCUUCACGAGCGCAUGUCUGCGGAAGACUGCUUGAACCACGAGUGGUUGAAGCGCAAAAAGUCCGUGCCACGCUCUCCAUCCAUGGACGUGACCAAAGACAAUUUAAGACAGUUCGUGGAGCGCUGGAACGAGCACCCCAACUCCCCUUACGUGUUCGAAGUGACGUCACACAUCAUUUCCCCCACCUGCGCAGGGGGGCACCAAUUGAGCGACUCGCUGCAGUCGCUGCACUCGCUCGUCGGUCUUUCGCCCUCCCCCUGCGGCUCGUUGGCCUCCUCCCCCGGCUCCGACAACGCCUUUGUCAGUUUUGACACCAACGAACUAGCCCCGCCCACCCUGGACCACUUGAGGCGCUCCUCCGACAGCACCUGCAUCCUCAAGGGGCCCGACGUGACCGAGCGCAUCAACUUGGCCGAGGAAAUCCGGAAACUAUCCGACAAACUAUUCCAGCUGUCAAACAUGACAACGACUGUCACGAAUGACAGCUUCGACGAGCUAUCGCUGCCCACUAUCACGAUCAAGAAGGAGCCACCCACACAUUCCGUGCCGAUCAGAAUCGAGAACGGGCUGCCAAGGGACCACCCGGAGAGCCCCAAUUGCGGGGUGCCGUGGAGGCGGACGAAGUACAGACUUAACCACAAGAGCAGAGAUGUGCCGCUCAUUGCUAAAAGUGUGAAGAGCUACGAGAGAUUUGAAAGGGUGGAGGAGGUGGAUGGGUUGGGGCACAGCCCCAGUCCGGGGCCCGACGGCACGAAAAACUUGUUGCUAAGGUUGCUGGAGCAGUGGGACGGGCCCCACGGGCCCGCGAGACCCAAUCCCAGGCAUGGGUCGGUUUCGGUGGAGUGGAGCGAGAGCGACUCGCUGGGUCAGAAGACCAUCAGCUCCUUGAAUAACUUUUUCCAGUCGAGGGCUACGAGUAAAAAGAUCACCACUUUUCAUCAUAAUCAAUAAUUGUGGUUUAAGUAUACUAACGCUUGCAUUUUGUUUUGGCUGUCAGGUUAUUGCUAGUUUUUUUACUUUUCUUUAAUUUUAAGCCGAACUUGAGGACUUCGGUCUUUACUAUGUAAUUACACCAGUAACGAAAAUGACGAUAUUUACUGGGUUGCUCUAACCUCAUUUUGGUUAUGACAAUUUUGACACCGAGGAUAAUCAGCGCCAUCUAUCAUUUGCGCUAAGUCACUUUUGCAGGACACACUGUAUAUGCAUGCAAUAGGGCUGGAAAAUUGUGCUUCAAUUUGGGGAUCAUUUAUACAGGCGAUUUAUUACUAAAACCAACUUAAAAAUUUAUACUUGUCUUAUAUUAAACUGUUAAAGUGAGGUUAUGUUUUUGUAACGUCGUAGCCUCUGUCUGAGCUCGUAAAUCUAAUUUUUAUUUGCGUAUAUUUAUUUAGCGCUCGUAAAAAGGUCUAAAAUGGUUUACGUUGUACACUUGAAUUUUUUCGUAUCUCGAUUUUAAAAGUGAGGUUAUGUUUUUGUAACGAAUUUGUGUAAUGCAUUUUAAUUACGAAAACCUGAGUUAACAAACGAUAUUACAAACGAAAUACAGUUUCCAUCGUACACCUAAAUUUCAAACUCUAUUUCGAGACUCAUUUCAAUUUAAUUGUAAAAGUGAGGUUAUGUUUCCGCAACGAAAUCAGAAAUUUUGUUUCCAUCCCUAUUUGCAGCAAUUUAGUCGCUUCUGGUACAUCAUUCACACUGUUUAAAAUAAAACCGAGGUCAUUUGGAUUCUGUUUCCAUGCUUAACAAGUUUAUGCGAUUUCACCGCUUUGAAAAUAUUUUCCAAAUAUUUAAACCCGUCCAAGAAAUUGGAGCAGCUCGUGUUUAUUUUUAUUUUCUCACAUGAAAGAGUUUUUCUCGAAUCUCAUUACCACAGUGCAAACAAUUUUGCGUCAACACCGACAGCAAUGAAACAGAAUCUCGAGUUUUAGCUUCAAAAACGCAUUUUAUAAACACUAAUUGGGACCAUCCAGUAUCUUAAAGUUCUAUGUUAAUGUAUGUAGACGUCAUCGUUAAAUAAAACAUAUAAAACCAA